UGCAGCCCUAGUUGUGACUGACCGGACUGUUUUGCCGCAUUUUUGUUUAGUUUAUCUCGGAUCCAUUUAAUUGAUCAAUGGAGGACGUACAAAAGCACAGCGUGCACACGCUUAUAUUUCGCUCCCUAAAGCGCACACACGAUCUGUUCGUCUCCAAUCAAGGAAACCUGCCCGAUGUCGACGACCGACUGGACAAACAACGGCGAUCGAUCAAGGCCAAGGAUACCUAUGGCUCGUUAAUGGACAGGGUUGUGACAGCCAACGAGCCAAAUAGGACUCCAUCAGGACACUCCGUGGAAAGGCCAUUGGCCAUCACAGACGGGAGCACAGACACUGCCAGCAGCCUGAUGAAAUUCAAUGCCGAUGCGCGUCGCCCCGACACGGUGCUGUCUAUACCGGGUAACAAUAGCACAUCCCUAGUGCGGGCAUCCAUGCCCAGCAAUGGACCUGGAUCUAAUGGCGCCAGCAAUCUGCAGCUCAUUCCAAAGAAGGCACCCACCAUACCGAAGCCCAAGUGGCAUGCACCCUGGAAGCUGUCUCGCGUCAUUUCCGGACAUUUGGGUUGGGUGCGUUGCAUAGCCGUGGAGCCGGGCAAUGAGUGGUUCGCCACCGGUGCCGGGGAUCGUGUCAUUAAAAUCUGGGAUUUGGCCAGCGGUAAGCUGAAACUCUCGCUCACCGGGCACGUGAGCACUGUACGGGGAGUGGCAGUCAGCACCAAGCAUCCGUAUCUGUUCAGCUGCGGCGAGGAUCGUCAGGUGAAGUGCUGGGAUCUGGAGUACAACAAAGUGAUCCGACACUAUCAUGGACAUCUGUCUGCCGUCUACUCGCUGGCCCUCCACCCAACCAUCGAUGUGUUGGCCACCUCUGGGCGCGACUCCACGGCUCGCAUCUGGGACAUGAGGACCAAGGCCAAUGUGCACACGCUGACCGGCCACACCAAUACGGUGGCUAGUGUGGUGGCCCAGGCCACCAAUCCACAGAUCAUCACCGGCUCCCAUGAUUCCACCGUGCGGCUGUGGGAUCUAGCUGCCGGCAAGAGCGUCUGCACCCUGACCAACCAUAAGAAGUCUGUGCGCAGCGUUGUGCUGCAUCCAUCGCUGUACAUGUUCGCCUCCGCCUCGCCCGACAACAUCAAACAGUGGCGCUGUCCCGAGGGCAACUUUGUGCAGAACAUCUCCGGCCACACGGCCAUUGUCAACUGUAUGGCGGCCAAUAACGAUGGGGUGCUGGUCUCUGGCGGCGACAACGGCACCAUGUUCUUCUGGGACUGGCGCACCGGCUAUAAUUUCCAGCGUUUCCAGGCCCCCGUCCAGCCCGGCUCCAUGGACAGCGAGGCGGGCAUAUUUGCCAUGUGCUUUGACCAUUCGGGCACGCGUCUAAUCACCGCCGAGGCGGACAAGACCAUCAAGGUGUACAAGGAGGAUGACGAAGCCAGCGAGGAGACGCAUCCAGUCAAUUGGCGGCCAGAUCUGUUGAAGCGUCGCAAGUUCUAAGUUCUAUCCGGUAGUCUGUAGUCCACAAAAAUAUCUAAUGUAUAAUUUAAGCGUAAAACUGCCCCCGGAAACAGAUUUCGAUUAAAUAAUGGUUUGUUCCAAUGCAAUUCUACAUCAAAUA